GUCUCGUAAUUUACAUUUCUCGAGCACGAAGUUCCUUCAUUUUAUUCGCACGGUAUUCGUUAAGGCUAGAUUAUCAUUACACAUACUUUUGUUUUUGAUCAUUAAUUUUUCGACAAAACUGUAUACAGUAAUGACGUAAACUCUUACGAUUAAAUGUUAGUGGUGAUGAAAAAAAAGAAGUCGAAGGAAUGGGCGGAGUUUGCGCUUGUCGGGAUCCAAGGUAAAAUACGUCAACUUGUUUGAAUAAGAUAACCAACAAUUUUCCAACGGAUUUACGAAUGGUGCGUGAAAGGAUCAGCUCCGACAUUUCUUUAUCGAGAUUUGGAGAAAUUUGGAAGGAACGUGGUACAGGUUAAGAAGAACGGAUUGAGAGAAGCGGCGAGGUUGCGUCGUAAAUAAAGUGGAUGCGCACGCGGACAAUAACACGCGAGAGCGAGCGAGGCAACGCUUUGGUUAAAGAAGGAAGGAUAUGAGUCGAACGCUCUGAUUGGUCGAGGCGGCUAUAAUGGCCGCCGAUUGGCGCACGCACGCACGAACACCAGGUAUUCGAUACCCACACGGACGCACGAACACGAGCGUGGAUCAGGAGCGUAGCAGUCGCUCGCGGCCGAGAAGAGUGAAAAGAGCGACAGAAACGGUCGGUCCGCGCGUUGCCUUGUAAGGCGGAGGGAGAGUUGGUGUGUGACGUCCGUGCGCGGAUGGCUCGAAGAACGCCGAUUUUCCUCAGCUUCUACAACGUAUCCUCGCCAAGCGGAGGAAGGAGCGAGUGAAAGGAGAGUGCAUGCGAGCCGGGCGCGACGCCGACCCUCGACACAAUCGCGUAUACGUAAAAUUCGACAAUCCGUCAAGUUUAAAGCUGCCGAAAGCUGCUCCGUUUUCAUUAUCCUCGUAGCGUGUAUACCAGUCUAGAAACAGAUUAUUAGACACCCAACGGCUCAACGUGAAAUAUCCCUGAUGGUUAGAAGACAAGAUACGAAGACGAAACAGAAGUAAAAAAAGGGUAACGGAGCAUCCGGAAAGGUAGAGAUAGAGUGAAAGCCCGAGCGAACAAGCGAGGGACGGAAAGUGACCAAGAGAAGCGAGAGCGAGUAAAACGCCAAACAAGAUACGUAAGAGACAAAGGCCACGGCGGCAUAACCUCCAAGCGAUCCGAUCGUGCCGCGCAUUAAGAGGAGGAUACCCUGCUUUGUGGAUCGCCUAGAAGGAACAUUCGGUAUACAUUAUUUGCGAGAGAUUAUAUUUUUACAAAUGCAUGCCUGCUGUCUGGGCUUCCAUAUAUGAAGUGUCGCACGAGUGAGAUAGAGAGAAAGAAAAAGAGCACGUGUAUGGAACUUAUUUUCCUCCAAGUAAAAGAGGAGUCGUCGUCGUGGUCGUCGACGUCGACGUCGUCGUCAAGUGAAAGAGCGGGACUGUUGUUUGUACGGUCGUGUUUUUCCGCGACACCUAGUAUACGAUAGACCAUAGCCCGCGCGAGUGUUGUCUGCUGUGUGAACAAAUUCAUUCUUCCGACGGCACAAAGCAACCGAGAAAAAACAGGAAUAGUUGAGAGGCGGCAGAUAAUAUUCUGAGUGUGCAGUCCAUCGUUGAUGGAUGAAACUAGCAGGAUGCUGCAACACGGUGGAUCAGGUGUUGGUCUAAUGGGAGGGAAUCAGGGCCAGGGGGCCCAAAACACCGCUGGCUAUGGAAGCAUGGGUCCUGUCGAUGGAACUGCGACGCAGGGUCCGGAUCAAGCAGCCGAGGCUAGAAAACAGGAUAUCGGUGAUAUUCUCCAACAAAUUAUGAAUAUCACUGAUCAGAGUUUGGACGAAGCGCAAGCAAGGAAACACACACUGAAUUGCCACAGAAUGAAGCCGGCCCUGUUUUCGGUUUUGUGCGAGAUCAAGGAAAAAACAGUGCUUUCGUUACGAAACACCCAAGAAGAGGAGCCACCCGACCCGCAGUUAAUGAGGUUGGACAACAUGUUGAUCGCGGAGGGAGUUGCCGGUCCAGAGAAAGGCGGUGGAGCGGGAGCUGCAGCAUCGGCAUCGGCGGCUGCAGCGGCUGGACCACCUGGACAACCUGACAACGCCAUCGAACAUUCGGACUACAGAGCCAAACUCGCUCAAAUUAGGCAGAUCUACCAUCAGGAGUUGGAGAAAUACGAACAGGCGUGCAACGAGUUCACGACUCACGUAAUGAAUUUACUGAGGGAACAAAGUCGUACCAGGCCGAUCACGCCGAAGGAGAUCGAGAGGAUGGUACAGAUCAUUCACAAGAAGUUUUCGAGCAUCCAGAUGCAGCUAAAACAGUCUACCUGCGAGGCCGUCAUGAUCCUGAGGAGUAGAUUCCUCGACGCGAGGCGUAAAAGACGAAACUUCAGUAAACAGGCCUCAGAAAUCCUAAACGAAUACUUUUAUUCGCAUCUCAGUAAUCCUUAUCCGAGCGAAGAGGCCAAGGAAGAGCUCGCGCGAAAAUGCGGCAUCACCGUGAGUCAGGUUUCCAAUUGGUUCGGCAACAAGAGGAUACGCUACAAGAAAAACAUAGGUAAAGCACAGGAGGAGGCGAACUUGUACGCAGCCAAAAAGGCAGCUGCAGCUUUUGCAGGAGCGUCGCCGUACAGUAUGGGUGGUGCCAGCCAAGGCACUCCGACCCCGAUGAUGUCGCCGGCGCCUCCCGGUGGUCCGCAAGACAUGGCCGGAUACGCGAUGGGCAUAAACGGUAGCGACUAUGGCUCGCAACCGUACAACGACGGCUCCAUGGGCUACGACCCUAUGCACCAGAUGAAACGAAAUUCUUAGAAGGCGACAGAGAGUGAGAGAGACAUCGAAUCAGACUCCACGCAAAGACACGCAAUUAAAGAAUGUCAAAGUGAACAGAGAACGGAAGCGAGGAGAGAACGAUAGACGGUCAGAUGGAAAUCACGAAAACUGGGUAAACUAAAGAAAAAGACAAAAGCCUAGACUGGUGCGCGUACACACCGAUCUCUGGGCCUUUAGCGAUUCCUUUUGUGUUUUCGGUGACGUGCUGUGCCGACCGAUCCUCGCCAAUGAUAUAGCAUUCGUCUGCGAGUUUCACGCGCUGGGAAUUUUUGUACGCGCGUAAGAAUUCCUUUCCGGUUUCGCGGAAGACUGAGAGUGUGUCUGUGAGAUAGAGUCGCGAACGAUAGUUCGGAUUAGAAGCAGGGCUGCGGAUACUCGUAUUUACAUAUUUCGGCUGAAAGCGAUUUUCUUUCGCGCGCGUAAUAUUCCCGUUUGUCAAAUUUCAAAUUAUCCGAUUAGAUUUUUUUUUUUUAAAUUAUCCGAUCAGUUCCAGCCCGAAUUAGAAGUCGUGGAGCCGACCAGGGUAUAUCUAUUUCGUUGCAACAAGCACAGGUCUUUUUCCCUUGGUCGAAGCGAGUAAUUACGACAAGUAUCGAUCGGUUUUUCAAUUUCGAGAAAAAUUUCGCGAACUCCACCCACUUCGAUUUUCAUAUGCGCGGCGACUUUGAUUCGUCGAUAGCGCAUAGCGCGUAGUGCAAUAUAUACAGAAACGGUCGGAAUCUUUUUCGCGUAUCGUGCCGUUUUUAGCUGUGUCGCUCGAAGGCGGGAAUCGACGUGUACAUACCCUGAACGGACCUAAGUAUCGUCGAAGAGAUGUGAUUUUUCUAAAAUGUCAUUCGAUCGUCGUCCAACCGAGGUGAUUUCGGCGUUCUCGUCUUCGAGUUUACCUGUAGGGCUAGAUCUCGCCGAGCGGACAAUGGGGUUUCUUUAAAGCAAUUUUAAAGCGCGAGUAACGUUUAGGUAGCUCGUUUAUAGGCAGAUAUAAUUAGAGACGAUAUUUGCAAUUUAAAACCGACCCAUAAAAUCCAGUUGACUGUUCUGGACCGAUGGGAACAAAAACAAAAUGAAAUACCGUGUCGGAUUUUAUUUCGCUAAAUGAAUGUGUAAGUGUGUGUCUGGUAACGACGAUUACGAAGGGGUUAACGAGUCAGUGUUUAAGGGUUUUAGGCAACUUACGAAGUCCUGGAAACGCUAGGAAGCGCAUUGGAAACAUAUCGUUACGCAACAUUGCGGUGCGAGUUUUAGAAGAUCGAGAUGAUGGCAUCGUUAGAUCCGAUUAUUUUAAGGAUAUAUAUACAUAUAUAUAUAUAGAUAUAUACAUACAUACAUAUACAUAGGGAACCGUAUCUCCUUGUUGUACAUAAUGGUAUGCAAUCGGACAUAUACUAUCCCUAUUCGAGUUAUGGCUAUCUAUACGUUAUUUACGCUACGCCGAUACAUCCUCGACAAACACACCCUGCGGUUUCUUACCGAUCUCGUAUGGCUUUCGAUACUUAAUUCUUUGAACACUUUUCACGGAUAGUUUCAUAACACACUGCAACAUAUUCGCACACAUAUACACGCGCGCGUGUGCGCGGAGUCAUUCGCUGAGACCUAGACGUUCGUGAUACAGAAUCAUGAUGCAUCAAGAAUUUAUGCAGAUCGAAAAGUGUUUACGGAUGGAUAAAUAUUCGAAACAUCUUCGCGACAUGCAUGGCUGCACGUAGAAUUUAAGUUUACAUGUAUACUGAUUCUACGCAGUAGUACGUGUUAGCGUUUAUCGUUACCUUUUAUUUCAUUUGUUCAUAUAUAUAUAUAUAUUUUUUUUUUCUAUUUCGUUUGGCGGAUUGUAUGGCUGGGGAUUUUCUGGAUGAAUAGAUCAAAUAGGAAAGGAAGUGUGCGCGCAUGCGUGUGUGUAUGUGUGUGAGUGCACGAGAGAGAGAGAGAAAGAGAGAGAAAGAUAGAGAGAGAAUGAGCACGAAUGAUAGAAAUUUCAUCAUUAUUUAGUUCGUUGUGCAGAGUUCUAAUAAAUCUUUCCGCGUAGAGAGUAGAGAAUAGGUGCCGGUUCGUUGCAUUGGCAGAUCAGCGUGAAAGGAUUUUUAGUAUCAUUAGUUUGAUUGUUCCCCUGUCUUCGAGUAUUUUCGGCUAGAAUCGUGUAGCCAGAAAUCCUUUCAUGCUCGUAACCGGGAGUCGACGCGCCUUUUUAUCGUCGUUAAGCUAAAGUAAAUUAGCUUCUCGAAAGAUAAACUGUCGGGAAGCGUCAGAGAAACAAAGUCGAUGUCCUGGUACAAGCGGCCAAUUCAUGUAGCCCGCGCUUUUUAUACGAUUCGAUACGUGUAUAGAAAUAGUGUGCCACCUAAAUUGACUAUCUCCUCUCGCUUGUUUUUCGAUUAAAAAGAAUGGCAGCGGAAAACAUUAUUUGCUCGGAAGCGAAGGUACGAGAUCUCCAAGUAAUCGAUGUAUUUUCAUCGAUGCAUCGGCGUGGCUCGUAACCAAAGAAUAAAUUCGAUCGCAAUCGAAGUAAGGGGCGUCUUAUUCCCUCGCGUUAUUAAAAAUAAUCUCCGUUAAAUUGAAUAGAUUUUUAAACAGGACUUUCCAUUUAAGAAAUAAUCGGCCCUUUCGAAUAAAUAAUGCUUUCCGCGACGUUUCUUCCUGUCGUUGAAAACUUUCGAGAGUUGCAAGCUCGUGAAGGUAGGUGGGCCACUCCGUGCAUGUAUGUACAUGCAUUAGGCGUUAUUCGAAAGAAAUCUGUCCGUGCUGAGAAAAAAGCGCGUAAAAGCUCCGAAACGAAGGCGAGGCUUUAGCGACCAAUGACACGCUAUUUUGUCGCCACCUGCAGGGGAUAAAGACAGAAGGCUAAAAAUCAAUUGAAACAAAAAAAAAUCGAAAAAAAUGACGCAGGGCAAGGCAUUGGCUGGGGGGCCAGGCGCGGCGGGAUGGAUGCAACAACGCGAGGCGGUGCCGGAAUUUCCGCCACUCCACGAUUCAGCGGACUCUGAUUCCGACCGGGAGAAUGAAAAACGACCGCGCGUCUAAAGUUACUUUUGGAAUGUGCGAGACUAGUAUGGUAACGAACCUAAUAAAAAGACAGUAUAAAAAAAAAAAAAGAAAAAAAGAAACGAGUAAGAGGAGAAACGAAGCAGAGUGUAUGUUAGAGGACGAGGAAAAACAAAAGUACACCACCGUCAGACAACAAGAACCACCACACCGUCACUCGCCACUUAUCCACCGAACACGCACACACUCUCGUCGACACUAACACGCGCGAUUUGCGCGCACCUCCGAGCCAUACACGAGAAAAUGAUGUUCGUUGGUGUUCCUACUAUAAAUAGUAACUCUAGUUUCCGGUUUUCGAACACUUUUUCUCUUUUUCCUCUCGAGGAAGAAGGACACGUAUACGAAGAUGCGAGGCGGUUGUUCCUCGUAGUAGAGCGCGCCACGCAACCCGUUCGUGGCCAGCCAUCGCGCCCGUUGUGCUCGCCUCCGAUUUUCGAACGGAAAUCGACCGUUCGAAAGAUGACGAAUAGAUCGCGGAAUCGGUGAAACGGUUUCGCGAGAAUUGAACGAUUUUUGUACUCGCCGUUGUAUCUCCAUUGCGCGUCCUUCGAUCUUGUUACUUGAUAUUUGCCUUAUCGAGCGACCGUGAGCGAGAGCGUACGCUUCACGUAUUUACGAAAGGCUCGAAGAGCGAACAAUAGAAACGGGUGUAGGGAGGAAAAAAGAAAACGAGAGAGUGGAAAGGACGGCGAACGAUCAGAGCUCGUAAGCCAAUGUGCUCCCGAGAACGGACGAAAUUCGUUGCUCUUAAGACAAUAUGACGGCGUACAGACGCUUAGCUAAGGAGAGAAAGGGAGAGAACGUACGCGAAUCGACUAGUUUUUAAUUUUACAUAUGCUACACGUACACACGCAGACACGGACACGUACACGUACAUAACUAGAUAGAUUUAGCUAGUACAAGAUAUUUUUAUUCUUCCUCCCCUCCUCCACCAUAUUUACUUGGAGUUCUUUUCACGAUUUUGUUUUUAAACACUUGACCUCGUUUUGCAACCUCUUUUAACGUCGUAUUAUGUAUCCUUCCACUAUAUAUUCUUGCGUAGCGUAAUUUUGAUUGCUGGGUACGGAUUUAAAAGAAGAAGAAUCCAGACGGUCGUGAAUACAUCACGAUGGUCCUUCAUCUCUCGGUGAGAGAUACGCCACCGGCAGCUUGUAUUUUCGCGUCGCGGGUUUAACAAUUUUCGUUGAUUCUUUUUAAAUCUGAGCCCAGCACGGGUGUAUCGUGUAAUGCUAGCGAAUGUUUCCUACGUUCACUUGUGGUUUAAGUUCCGAGUUUUAAAUUUAGCUUCCGAGUUAUACUUUGCAGCGACACGCGGACGAUGUUUGCGUGCUGAUUUGUUCCCUUUCGUUUCGACGCGAGGACACCAUUCGCUUCUUCCAUGGAAAACAAAUGGAGCCGAUCGUUGCGUCGCGUUAAUGUACAAUCGAGCAGUUCUUUCGAUGUUUUCCCGAAUUAUUAUUUAUUUGUUUCUGUAAACGUGAAAUGCUCGAAUCUCGAUUCGCGAGUGUCCUCGCUGCAGAAAGCGAGUAUCAUCGUAUUCUUUGUUACGUUGAAAAACUGUGUGCAUGAUUGUACCCACGAGCGAACCGAAAGAUCGAAAUCGAUAUAUCCCACUUUUACUUUUUCGUAUUUGUAUAGCAGUGAUUCAGCACGAGAUUUUAUUAAAAUUCGUUCCCCUUUACUAUGCCGUUUUCUGUUUCUGUUAAUUUCAUCACCCGACACACCUUGCGCCGAAUCCAGGAUAACGAACUCCGUCCUUUUGAUUUAUCUCGACGGAAUAAGCACCAUCUUUUAUUUCUAGGUAUAUAAAGUUUCGCGUAGAUCGGAAAGUCGUCCAUUCGCGGUUUCGAAUGCAUUUUGGUCUUCGGGAGAAAAAAGAUGUUUCGAAUAGAAGUAGAAUCGUCGUGGUGCAACGAACCUAGUAUCGAAGUUUAUCGAUAUCGAACUUCCUUACGGACGAACGAAAACACAGCAUUCGAUGGGAUCGCGCAAACACGCGAUUCGACUGGAUUCGACGCUUGAAAUAUACGAUUGCGCCUGUCUACCCUUAGUUGGUCGUACGUACGUAGGUACAUAUGUAUUGUGUAUACAAGUGUAUAAAAAUAUAUAUUCUAUACUUUCGUAUGUGUAUAAUCCGUGUGAUCGUUACGAUGACAACUUUUUACCAUGAAUUGAACAAAGACGCAAGGAUUGCGUUUCGAUCGAGUUUCCUUUCGAGCGUGCUACGUGCGCGAACGUCGGAGACGAGCAAAAUUUUCUUCGAAUAACGAACGGACGAACAAGACCAACGCGUAGCGAUUUACUUUACAAGACGACUCGGUCUUUGUCUAUUCGUUCUAUGAUCGAAAUUCCAAUUUUUAUUCAAUGAGCAGCGGAUGAGAAAGUGUGCGAACGUUCAUCUUUCGUUCGUCAUUCGAAAAUUGUUUUCUUAAACGAGAAGUUUGCCCAUCUCCGACAAACGGUCAGCGGAAUAAGAGAAUUCCAGAUAUCGUCGGUACGACGAAACUUGUCGACGACUCUGGAGCCACGAUCGUAUAUACAUAUGAACUAAAAAUCGGUUGGAAUGAUUGGGGGAAUUUCUUCGCGCGAUUGUGAUUCACACUCGCGUACACGGCCGGUGCUGUUUGCUUUCAGGAGCUGUCGCCUUGAAAUACUUAGAGGAAUCGCAAGAAGAAACGCAAAACAGACAAUUACGAGAAUCUGUACGAUGUAGGAAAAAACGCAUAUAUGUAAGACGAUGUAUCGUGAAAAUGCUCGCGCAAUCCGAUCACCUCACUAUCUGUGAUCCGAGGCUCGCCCUUACCGGGCGGGUAAUACGAACUAAAAAAAAAAAAAGAAAAAAAAAUCGAUAUUAAGCUAUUAACGUUAUGUAAUAGAUAUUCUCGAAACGAGAUGCGUUCACGUUCUCGAGCGACGAGUGCAAUUGUAACGCUUCGGUGAAGAACUUUGACUUAGCCACAGAGGUGGGCAAAACUUUAUUCGGCCAAUCAACGACGAAUUAAACCAACUAUUACUCUCGACGUUUAUUCCAUCGAAUGGUUAACGUGAAAUAUCGUUUAAUUACAUAAUUUAGGCUAAAUAAACGACGGAUUGAAAGCUGUUCUUUUUGUUCGUUAUUCAAAAUUUGUUAUCUAAGCGAGAGUUUUGUCCAGUUCUGUUCGCCGAUCGAACAAGCGAAGAGGAAAAGGCGAUUGGGAAACGACGACGGAUAACCCGUACCCCCGGUCGCUUUCAAUCUUUCCAUCGUUGUUCGUUCCUUUCCAUUUUUCUUCCACGCUGUUGUUCGAUAACGAAGCGUAAACGCCUCUGUGCAUCGACGCCACCUUUUCCCCUCUCAGCGUCCACAUCGAUGCCGAAAGAUAGCCGAAAGAAACGAAACGACAGAGUUAACGAGCGUAUUAGAAGAAAACAAAAAAAGAAAGAAAGAAAGAAAUUGAUAUUAAGCGAGAGAAGCGUAUGUACGAACGGGAAACAGAACAGAAACGAAGCAAUGGUCCUGCGACACAACACUAAUGUAUACGAUUUUUCAACAUGGAAAUAUUAUAUAUUGUAGCUAUACAUAUAGAAGUAUAUAAAAGAGAAUAGUACAUAGGCAGACUGUAACGGCUAAGUACACAUCAUUGUAACGACGAUGCUAAUUAGUAGGAUGAAAAUUUAUUUUAUUAUUAUUAUUAUUAAUAUUGCCGUUAUGACUAUUAUUAUUAUUAUUAUUAUUAUUAUUAUUAUUAUUAUUAUUGAUAUUUGCGAUUCUUGCGUUAUGGUGAUCGCAAUUGCAAUUGAAUUAUUAUCAGAUUGACGGCGAUUUGAAAUAUUAUUAAUUAUUAAAAUUUAUGAUUGUGCUCUUAUCGUUUGGGCACGGGUUUUUUUUAAAGGCAGACGAAGGUCGAUCGAAUGCUAGGCGAUUUCUAUCGAUUUAUUAUGGAUUAUCGAUAACUUGCGGUUCGACGAUUUAUUACUUAGCAUGUAGACGAAAAGAAAAAGAUAUCCAUUUAUUGUGUAUAGUCGAAGGCGAAGCGAAGGUGAGAAUUACGAGUAUCCUCCGGAAGAUUAGGUGGUUGAAUUCUGUUGUUAAAUAAUAUGUCGCGAGGGAAACGGUUGGCUGACGAUCGACUACCGAGAACGAUCAUUUUCUUCGGAUAUGUAUUCGUUUAAUUUUUUACGCGGCACACUAAAUCGAUCGUUUUUCCGUUUUUAGUUGAUACAGUUGAAUGUAUCUGUCGUUAAACCCGCAUGGUUCUGAGAUAUACAUCCCUGUGAAAUAGGAGACUUCUUUUCGAUCUCGGAAGCCGCUCUUCAGCUGAUCGUUUCGCUAUUCGUGCGACCAGUACAAGUGCGUUCGGCACAGCUAGUAUACGACAAAAGAGCGCCGGAAGUUCGCCUGUGAGCGCGACUUUAGGCGUCCCUUAUAAGCUCUACCUAACAUUUAAUAAAAAGAAAAAUGAAAACGAGUCGAGAAUAAUACGAGGUGUCGAUAAGACGACGAAAAGAAAAAAAAAAAUAAGAAAUAACGUUUAACAUUUAUGGAUACACGAUAUAAGAUAUUAUAUAUUCAUAUUCCUCGCUCACCCCUCCGCUCGAUCCUUUUUCUCCGAUCGUCCAGUUUCCUUUAAGAUAACCAACACGAGAUAUCCGAAAAUCAAUCACGAAAUUUACACGAGGCGCACGCCGACGCUGGUUCUUAUUACUGCAUUUAUGUUUUCCACCAUUGGACGAGAUUUCAACUUGCUUAUCCGUAUAUUCGAGACGAGAACGCCUUAUCAAACGCAGCUGGAAUUCAACUGAAAUUCGAACGAGCAAUCGUGAUUGCCAUUUUACUCCGAUCACUAUGUUUCAUAAAAGAUACUAGCAAAGAAUCAAGUAUUCCUCGAAAGACGGAAAGAAAGUCGAAGUCGCGUUUCGAUGCGCGCGACAGUAUACAACAGGCAUCACUGUAUCGAUUAAAAUCAUGGUAAACUUAAUAAAAUCGCUCAAAAAUAA